CACUACUUCAGAGCCCUCUGGCACAGAGUCCGAUAACUACAACCGAGUCAGCGGAGCCGACGCAGCGGCGGUCGGAGCUGGCAGCUUGAGUUUUAGGAGAGUCGCCGUGCGCGAAAUAGACGGGGUUCUCUGUAAUAUCGAAGCCCGUUUCUCUUUUCUUUCGCAGCCCUUUUUUUCUUGCUAAAGCCAGUGGGUGCCGUUAACCAGUCCGAACCAUUUGCACGAAACUUUGAGGGUAUUGAGCAACGCGCUGACGGACUUAUGUGAAAGGUCGAGAGUCUGUGCGCGCAGCUCUUCGCAUCCGCCGCUUUGAUCCGGUGUUGGUGAGGUUGCGAAAGGUCUAAGCCUAAACUUGCAGCCGAUCGGCGCUGGGAAGGAGCGAUGCGUCCCGACAAGAAGGCGUGGCUCUGGGUAGUUGUUGUGGCGUCUCUUCUUUGCACAGCGUACUCGACUACCAUCAAAGACAAAUCUAAAGACUCUGAGGAAUGGGACUUCGAGUUCGAGGAACACUCUCGAGAUGAGACUUCGACGCAGAAGGAUUCCACGAAAGAUCUUAAAGCGACAUACAACGCUUGGUCCUUCGCCGACGCCGACCUCUGUCGCACCGUUCAGUGCAAGCCGACACAGGAGUGCUUGAUUCAAGAUGAAAACACCGCUAUCUGUGUCAGUGCGAAGAAAGUCAAGAAGAUGAAAAAGGCAUCCCUGUCCAGCAGCUGGGGCAGCUAUGACAGAAAGCAGAGCACAACAAUGCCUCCCACCUCGACUGCAGCUGGUGCUGGCAGCACUGCAGCAGUCAGCACUACUAGCAAGCCAUGGAGCAGUGCAGAGGCAGAAGACGAUGACGACGAUGAUGACCAGUAUCUGGAAGAAGAUAGCAGCCAAGAGGAGGAACUGCGCUGCCCACCGUGCCCCGUGUUCAAGGCAGACUAUGUGUGUGGCACAGACAACCAAACAUAUUCGUCAGAGUGUCGGCUCCAGUACCACAACUGCCGCCAACGCACUUCAGUGCAGGUCUCCUGCAAGGGAUUCUGCCCCUGUAAAGCUGUGAAAAGCCUGGAGGAGCAGCAGCGUGAAAGUAGACAGAAGGCCCGGUGGGACCGCUACAUGGCAAAGCUACAAAAUACCAUUGACAAAGAAAAGAAAGCCAACAAAGAUGCCACAGGCAAGCCUACUGCCUUCAACAACAGGCUGAAGUCCAAGUUCAGUUCCAAGGACUCGUGGACCAGCAAAGACAGCCAUAAUUCAGUUUUGACAAACAAGGUGUCUUCUCCUGUCAGCAAAGACAAAGGGUGCACCAAUGAUGACCUACAGGCCAUGGGUGACCGGCUGCUUGACUGGUUUUCAGUGGUCAUGAGUGACCACCAACUGAGCACACAAGUGUCCACAAGACGGAGGACCCACAGAGUGUCUGACUAUCACUUACCAGAGUGCAAGCCAGAAGUGGGCUGGAUGUUUCACCAUCUCGACUCGGACGGGAACCUGCUGUUGACGCUGCGUGAGCUGUAUGAUCUGGAGCAUGAUGAUCGCGAACGCUGCCUCCAGCCUUACCUGGCUGUCUGUGACCUCAACCGGGACUCAUUUCUCAGUACUAUAGAGUGGUGUGCUUGCUUUAACAAGUCUCAAAGACCAUGUGCAGCAGCUUUGAGGCGUGUCACACCCGGUCUGAUUGGGGCAUACAUCCCUCAGUGUGAUGAAGAGGGUUACUUCUUGCCAGCUCAGUGCCACAGCAGUGCGGGCAUGUGUUGGUGUGUUGACCGUCAUGGUGCUGAGUUCGCAAACACACGCCGGAGAGAUAGGCCUGACUGCGAGUCAUUGAUGAACAAGACCAACCGUGACAAGUCACUGGAGGAUGACACAGAAGAAGACAGUGACGAGGUUAAGGACAAAGACGAAGGAUCGGGAGAUCGCAUUCAGGACUUCUGAGCGUCCUUCCCAAAACAUGGCUGUUUGAGCCUCAACCCAUUCCCCUUUACCCUUCGCGCCCCUUUACAAUUCACCACCGUUUCUCCUUGACGCACCCGCUUGUUCUGUCGGUGAUAGCAAGUGCAAUAGUCUGGGCCUCAUCUGUUCUGGUUCACAGCAAGGAACAAAAAAAAAUUGGGCAAUGGUUGCCAGUAGGAACCACAUUUGUCUUCAACAGUUGUCCUGACACUUGUGUGUCUCAUUUUAGCAGGAACUGACAGCAGUAGUGGCAUUCUAAUAUGAACACAUUGGUUCUACUUCUCGGAAGCCACAGAUGUGUCUUUCAUCAUAUUUGCACUGUUUUUUUGUUGUUGCAAUUCAAGCAUUGUUUUUCAAAGGAACUGAGAACUUUGUUGUUGUUGUUACAUUGAGGAAGUCACAGCAUUAGAACUCAACUGUGUCAGUGAUUGAUCAAAAUUUAUUAUUUCUUACCACUACUAUUUAGUGUGGGUUUCUUUGGACUAAGAAUUGAGAGGGAAGAAAUGUGCUAGCAUGGAGUACUAUUAUAUGUGAUGUACAAGAUUCUUCAGAGUUUUAUUAUUUGCUUUGUUGGUGUGUUAACAUGUUGCAGUGUCAUAUAUUUACCUUUAUUUUGCAACCCGUUACAGAAACGUUCAAAUUGUGGGGUUUUGGGGUAUGACAUAUUCUGUUAAGCUGGUGCAUUUUAUUUGCACUGGGCAAUUUAUCAUGACAACCACUUGUGGCAAUUCUAGCAUGUUUCGUGAAUGGUUGCUUUAGGUUUAUCUGAACCACGGUGUCUUGAUUUGAGAGCAUGAUUCAAUUAUGUCUUUACCUCAGCAAAGGACAAAUUUUUAGGGGCUACAUAAAACUAUUAGCAUAACCAAGGCUUACUUUUAUGAAGCAUGUAGCAUAUGUCUUGCGAGUAUGUCUAUUUGGGGCUAGGAUAUACAAAUAUUAUGCUCUUCGUGAAUACUCUUACAGUUUUGUGGAUAUUUCCCAAUGGUGUAUUUAUUAUACAGCAAGCAUGGUUUUAAUUACUGGCACAUGUUUAAUGCUUGCCUUUACUUGCUUACAUGAACCUUAUUUAUAUUAACAAACUGUGUCACAAUUUUUAGGUUGUUGCUGGUUGUGCUGAUUUUGUAAAAGGUUUAAUUAACUAUGUCAUGUCGUGGAGCUUAUUUUGGUUACUCUGUGGUGCCAUGUGAUUAUACUGUGCCAUUGUUGCUUUCUUUGUUUUCUUUGAAUGCCUUUUAAUGUUCCUGAGGCAAAAUACACCUAUGUUUGUGUCUGCAGGAGAAAAGUGAGUCUUCUAGCAACCUAUGUUUCAUAGAAUUUGCAUAAAGCCAACAGAAUCCAAGUCUUCCAUUUAAGUUGAGGGCCACAUCUAUUAUCUUUGUUAAAGGUGUGCUUAUUUAGCUUUGUGUUUUAACCUUUUGAGGACAUCAAUAGCUCUCAUUGAUGGUCAUGUUCUUAAAGUCUCAAGCUUCUGCAGUGUUUUGUUUGCAUUUCCUGAUUGUUUAGAAGGAAUUGGAACUGACAUAGGAAAGAGAAGUGAAAAUGCAGCUCUUGCUGCUUUUGAAUGUCAUUUGUUUCACAGCAACGGGCUUAUAAGAUUGCACAAGCUUUAUUAGUAAGCUGUCAUCAAGGAGGCCAAUUCAGUGAUUUAGUGUACAAAUACUUCUGUGAUAAUAGGCUAGCUUGCGCCACAGCAAUUUGCUGAAUCUGACAUUUAUUCUAGUAUGUGUCCCAAAAUUAGAGCUUUUAAUAAUCUGGCAAAAAAGUUAUGCGUUGUGAUGAACUAGUUUAGACAAUACUGGAAUUCCUGACUGCAUGCCAUGCAAGGACAAAUUCACAAGCUACUUGCAGCCAAUUCUGUUGGUCUUGGCAUGUAUCAAUGUAACUCAUGUAAAAGCUUUUCUUCUUCUUCUUCUAAGCAGUUCUUUUCCAUGUAUUAAGUUUUAUGUAAGCAGUAUAACUUUCAAGUGGUUAUUUUUCCCAAGCCAAUACAGUGCUCAUUUGGCAAGAAGGUUAUUGAGAACAAGGUCUGUAGGGGUAAAACAAAAGUUCUAACUUGCAAGAUAUCCUGUUGUUUAAAUUCAGAAUCAUUCUUGUGGGUCAGUUUGUCUUCUUUUCUUUUUUUCCCCGAAGCGCUCAAGCUACACGGAGUUUGAAUCUCAUUAUUGUUAUCAAUGCAUCCAACUGUAUCUGUACGCAACUUUCUUUGUCUCAAGAUAUGGUUCACGCCAGCAGUCAGCUUCGCCAGCAAAUCUGUGCAGCUUCAUUUAACACAUGCUAAUCACAAGGCUGUGAAAACUCUCUCAAGUUUGACUGUCAUCGUGAUUAUGUGACUGUGCAGGGGUAUUUGAUGAAUAUAUUUAUUAUUCAAUUUCUUGCCUCUGGACAACUUUGCCUGAAAGUCUGUACAUCCACUGUCUAAUGAUGUGCACAGAGAAAAAAGUGGAGGCAGUUAUCAGCUCAUUCUUUCUCUUUUCUGUUUGUGUUUGGAUUAAUAAUCAUAUACCGUGUUUCAUUAUGAGCCUAAUGGUAAUAAUGCAAGAUUUAGGUAUUUGAGUCUCCUAAAAGCACUGUGAUGCCAUUAACAUGAAAGAAACCUUUUUUUUAUACAUGACACGAUUGUUCUUGAGCAUUUUCCAUCUGGAAUUGCUAAUGUCAGUUUCCAUUGCACAAGUGUUUCAUGUUUAACAGUUUGAAUUAUCUCAAACCAUACAGCUGUGUUUCAGAUGCAUCUGCAUUACCUUGUCAAUGGCCUGAGUUCACCUUGUUGAAUCGUUUAAAUGACCUGCCAUGCAAGACGCUUGCUAUAAGUGCAUUUAUAGGCAUGAAUGAGAACAACAGCGUCAUUACCCUUUGCAGCAACUUCAUGCAUUUUUGCAUGUCUAAAGUGCAUCUGAGAAGCCCGUUGCUUGCGUAACAAACCAUCAGUGGCCAUUUGGGCUGCUGUUUUUUUUUACAUGCGAAAGCAAGAAGUACAUUCCAGUGAAGGCUGUUAAAAAAACUGCUGCUGUUGGUGUAGGAGUGCAUAGUUUGUUGGUUGGUUUUCUAUGGCCUUUCUUUGUUGUUCCAUGGCAUGGCUUGAUAUCUGCAUAUUGCUUCUCCUUCAUUUCUGUCCAGGAAGCAUAGCAGCAACAUUGAGAACCGGCGUGGUGAUGAGAUCAUUUUUGUGCAUGCUGUCUGUUCUGUGACCUACAAGCAGGAACUACUAUGAGCAUUUGUGUGGAAUCUUCCUGUUCUGUACACAUGUUUCUAGCACUUACAGAAUCUAGCACCUACAGAAUUAGCGCAUGUGCAGGAUUUAGUGUGUGCAGAAUGUUUGUGUUCUGUGCAGCUGUUUUGCUGCAUUUCCUGUCCCUGUGUCUUACCCUCCAAGGCAAAGGGGGUGACUUUUGAAGGCGUACAAUUGUGUUCUCAAAAGUCUUGUGUUGGUGUUUCAAUCUGCUCAGAAACUGAGCAUAGUGUGACAAAACAGAUGCUGUUGUAUUUCUCAUUGUUUUUGUGACCCCUAGAUAACAAGUUUGAACUGUACAAUAUUCAAAAGUGAGAAUGCCAAAAAAAAAUCCACUUAAGCCCAGUAUUCAUAACAGCAAUUCUUCAAUCUUUGCCAACCACCAUAAGCAAAAAGCUGGAAAUUGCAUCAUUGUUGUGCUGUCAAGUCCUGUAUGUAGCCGAGCUGAUGUCAGCUGAAACAAGGGGACCCGUACACAUUGCUGUUAAAAUGCCAAUGCUUGUCUGAGGCUUAGCUGUCAGAUGUAUGCGAAAAUCUUGUUUGAGGGACUUUUUUGUGAUGCCAAAACUGCACAAAGAAACUUGCGAAGGUAUCUGCGAGUAUUCUCAAGCAUACUGCAUUUCCUUUUUACUUUUGUCUGACAACUUUCUGCGAUGCCUUGUUAACUCUUGCUUGUAAUUGGCAUGAUUCAUCUAGGCAGCUAGUGAACUCUGAAAGUAAUAUUGCUGUUUUUCCCUACUUAUUGGAAGUUGCCUGUGACAUUUUAUCACAUGAGAGACUGCAAGGAUUAGUCCUGGGCUUAAUGGGACGAGUGGGAGGUAGUCCACAAUGCAUAACUAGCAUCUUUGUUUAACAAAGUGUAGCAGUACAAACAUCUUCUUUUCUUAUAAGUGCCAUCCGAUGUUUUUCUGUAUGCAUUUAUGCCACAUGUAUUUACUACUUGCAUAUGGUCAUGGUAACCACUAUGUAACAAUGUUUUUGUAGGCUGUGAUGAAUAAAGUACCACUACGAGACGUA